AUGAUGGGGAAUCUUUUGCGUAAGAAUAUUAGCGUUUUCUUUGUUAUUUAAAUUGGCAUAUUAUUCAUUAAAGGUAUCUGCACCUUUCACAAUAUUGGCUUUUAGUCUUCUUGGUCGAUUCUGCGGACUUUUAGUAAAGUUUUUGACUUUUUAUACAUUCUUAAUGAUUUUUAAAGUUUUUUUAUUAACGUUUAUCUACUUUCAGACUUCCUACACCCACCGAACCAGUACGAUUUUGGCCCAACGGCCCCGUUGGCUGGUGGUUUCGGGCACUCCGCCUCAAACAUGCACCGGAUUCGGAAUCAGCUCGGGCAUUCGGAUCCGCAACUAUACACGUAUAGUCAAAAUUCGGGUCGACGUUCCGUGUCCGGCGGACGUUCUUCGGCGCUUCACUUGAGUCCGGCUUCGGCUGUGCGGUUUAGAGUAAGUUUUCUUGAUAGUUUUGUUGGUUUUUAGGUAACGAAGGGAUGUUAGUUUAGUUGGUAAAACAGAUUUCUUUAAAAGUUUUAGGUAACAAACGCAAGCUUUACCAAAUAUCAAUCUAAGCCAUCAUUUUCAGAAAGCCUCAGCCUUUGUGGAACACAACCGAUCACAUCGUGCUUCAAUCUUAUCAGCUCACAAUGUAGACGCUUCUUUAUCUGAAGAACCGACUUCGGGCUUCCAAUCAACUUCCAAUCCUUCCUCAACUGUUGGAUUGCCAAAACUGCCGUCUAUUCGAAGGCGACGACGACCACUAGCACCAGUAACGUCCGCAGAAGGCAGUGGAAGUGGGAAUCAUGGAGGAAAACCGAGGAGUGGAUCAAGUUUGGCUGCUCCUUACCUACUACAUCAUGGUGAUAAUCGACGGUGGAGUUUGGCUUCGUUACCAAGCUCAAGUGGUUAUGGGACGCCUGGUAGCAUAUCGGCUUUGUCGGUAAGGGUUUAUUUAGUGUUCUUUUGGAUUUUUAGGUCUUGACAUGAAUGAAGUUGGGUUUAUUUUAGGCAACAAAGUGCCUAUUUUAUGAUGUUUUAGGUAACAAAAUGCCAAUUUUUAAUUAUUUUACGUAACAAACGGCCUAUUUUCUUAACUAUAUCCAUUUUCAGAGUGAAUAUUCAUCUCAAGAACAGCUUCCCCAACUCAUGGGCGACCCAAAACUUCAGAAUCGUUACGAUAGCAACGAUUCAUACCCAUCAAUGGAGGAAUCCCAGCUUCUGAUCGGCAUGCGACCUCGCUCCAGAAGUCUUUCCAGUCCAGUUCGUUUUGGUUCAGAAUCCGGAGCUUUCGACCCGAAUCCAAACGCCUUGUCUCAGGUGUACAAGGAGCGAUUCCCUAAAGCUAAAGCUCAGAUGGAAGCCAAACUUCAACAGUUUCUACACAUAAAUGCCCCAUUAAGUGGAUUUACAUCGCCAAUCUCGUUCGACCGACCAACUAGUCCACUUCACUUGACCGAUCCAUCUGGUCAACACCAACAUCGAGCCUCUUUGGCACGUCAACCAUCUUAUCAUAGGCCAUCGAGUCCUUGCAGACCAUCCUCACCAAUUCCACGCCCAAUUAGUCCACUAGCAAUGGCCGAUGCUACGGCGGCCCAGGAUGGAAAAGUUGUGUUCAGAUCGACGUCAGGGCACAGUAGCCAGAAUCUACAGUGUACCACACCGUACGGGAACAGUAGCAGCGCCUACUACUUCCCAGGCACGUUGACUCAACAGAACAGUCAAAACAGUUUCCAAUCAGGCCAGUUUGGAUCACCUGUUCAAGCCGGGCCAAGUUUUGCUCAGCCUGGGCCAAGUUUCUCUCAGCCUGGGUCAGGUCUCUCCCAGCUAGGGCCAAGUUUUGCCCAAAACAGCCCAAUCAGCACACUAGUCCAAUCACAAGGCCCAAUGUCAAGCCCACACGGAUCGCUAGGCCAGCAUCACUCAAGUCAGUUCGGCUCGCUAGCCAGCAAUAUGGGAUCACUGAACCUGGGCCCAAAUGACAGCCAAACCACUAACACCACUAACUCAACAUCAAGAAGAUCAACAAUGGCACAAUGCGACGCCCCAAUCACCAAUCCAACAUUACUCCGGGUGCUAGCUGAAGGCGCGACACGGUUUAUUCAUCAUCAAGUCUGCGAGAUCGCGGCCGAUUGCCUUCAGAAGUCGAGAGACGACCAACUGACCUCAAGUUACUUCUGUCAAAUGUCGAUUCGCCUCGAGGAGAGUUUGGCCGAAGCGAAUCAGAAGACUAGUACGGAGAGCUUCAAGUUCUUGGCCGGGAUAUGUAAACAGCUUCUGAUGAUCGUGUCCAGAGCGGCCAGAUUGUUAGAGAGCUUGGAGUUCGAUCCGGAUGAGUUUUAUCGGUAAGAAGAGGGUUUUUUUAAAUUUUUGAAAGUUUAAUGGUCAUUGGAGGCUAAAAUUUUAUUGGCUAUGAUAUAGUUUAGUUAUCAGUAUUCCUUAUUAGGUUAAGGGAGGGUAAAAUUUUUUUGAAAAAUAAAUUUUUCUUAGUUUGGAUAGUAUUUUUUGUAUAAAAACAUAGUGGCUGUGACAUACAGAUCAGUAUUUUUACGAGGGAGGGGUGUUCUUCCCAAAAAAAAGUUUUUUUUUGAAAAAUAUGCAACUUGGUCCCCCCUGUGGAUUUUUUUGGAAAAAUAUAUAUUUUUUUCAAACCAUAAAAAUUUAUUAUCAUAUUCAAAACGUCAUUUUCAGACUCCUAGAAGAAACCGAAGGCGCGCUUCGCUACCAACUCGGCGCCGGCAAUGCUCGUGUCCCAGACCUACCACAAUAUAUCAUCGACAAGCUCGGGCUGAACAAGAACCUGAUGCAAGAUCGCUCCUCACCGCCUGAUCUCGACCCCAAUGACAUACCCUAUCCAUCCGAGUUGUCGAACACGCUUGGUGACCUACAACAAUCCGAGAUUGUGCCACGAAAGUCAUCACAGGCCAUCACCGAGGAUCAGCUGAGGGCUUUGACAGCGAAUGCUCCGAAAGAAGAUGAUUUCGAAUCGAUUCGCUUGAUCUCAAAUGGUGCUUAUGGUGCAGUUUAUCUGGUACGACACUACAGAACAAGGCAGAGGUUCGCGUUGAAGAAGAUGAAGAAGCAGACCUUGUUGUUGAGGAAUCAAGUCGACCAAGUUUAUGCCGAAAGAGAUAUAUUAACCUUCACCGACAACCCGUUCGUCGUCUCAUUUUACGGAUCAUUCGAAACCAAGCAGCAUUUGUGCAUGCUGAUGGAGUACGUCGAAGGAGGAGACUGUGCCAGCUUGCUGAAGAGUGCUGGGGUACUACCAAUCGAAGUGGCAAGACUCUACGUAGCCGAAACCGUACUAGCCAUCGAGUAUCUACAUUCAUGCGGCAUCGUACACAGAGAUCUGAAGCCAGACAACUUGCUGAUCACGUCCAUUGGCCAUAUCAAGCUGACUGACUUCGGAUUAUCCAAAAUCGGCUUAAUGAACCGAACUACCCUGGUAUCAGAGGGCUUCUUGGAUGAUACCCAACAGUUCCGAGACAACCAGCUGUGUGGUACUCCCGAAUACAUUGCACCAGAAGUGAUUCUACGACAAGGCUACGGAAAACCCGUGGAUUGGUGGGCUUUAGGCAUCAUUCUCUACGAAUUCCUAGUAGGUAUAGUACCCUUCCUGGGCGGAUCUCCAGAAGAACUCUUUACCAACAUUAUCAACGAAGAAGUGGAGUACCCGGAUGGUGAAGAUGCGCUAGAACCAAAUGCUGAAAAUCUGAUCCAAACGCUGUUGGAAAAGAACCCAGUAGACAGGCUGGGCACGGUAGGCGGUGCUCCAGACGUCGCCAGCCAUCCCUUCUUCCAAGCUCUCGACUUCAACAGCCUAUUGAGACAAAAAGCUGAGUUCGUACCUAACCUAGAAAACGAGGAAGACACCAGCUACUUCGACUCAAGAACCGACCGCUACAACCACGAUGCGGAAUCCGGCGACGACGAGACCGUGCCCAUGUUCUGGAGCUUCAGCACCGCCAGCCCCAGGCAUUCAAUCACAGCCAUGGACAUCAGUAUGGCCCAGUUGGCUCAACUCAACGCGGCGGCUAGUCCGACUUUGCAUGCUCCGAAUAGUAUGGACCUGGAGAUGAUGAGAGAGAAGGCGAAUGAAGAGGCGGAAGAGAGGGGAAAGAGCGAUGGAUAUGAGGGAAGAGGAAGAGAAGAAGGCAAUGAUGAUGAGUAUAGAGGUAGUUCAACCGAAAAAAGCGAAAAAUCCGGAGAAACAAUAGUCAAAGGAAGAAGAACGAUGGAUUCAUUUGAGAAAGUUACCCUAAGGGAACAAGUAAAAGAUGAUAAAAAUCAUGGGAAAGGUGAUAAAGAAAGUAAACACCACCAUAAAGAUGAAAAGUAUGAAGAAAAACAUGAAAGAGAAGGUCAUAAAGAUGAAAAAGUAUCCCAUAAAGAAGACAAACUGCCCCAUAAAGACGAAAAAACAGCACAAAAUGACCAAAAACAACCCCAAAAUGAUCAAAAAUCAACUCAAAAGUACCCAACAGAAAGACGACCGGUCGAAAAAACUCUCAGCCAACGUACCGUCGACUCUUGCGCCUCAGGCCAAAGAGAUUCGGGAGACUUGGCCAACACCAACUCAACAACCUCAACCGCCGCCCAAACACCGAACUCGUGCCGCUGGGACGAUCCAUCAAGCCCCAGUGCCAUUUUACUGCGACAACGCUUCUCGGCAGCACGACAAAACAACCACAGUACGAGUAGUUCCGGUACGACUGGUACUGGACCUCUGAACACUUGUUCAUCGACGGAUUCAUCGAUGGACGCUUCGUUUUUCGAGAAUCAUGGUCAUCUGGCAUCGAGAAGACAAACCACCAACUUCUCACCAUUGCCAAGAUUCGCAAUCUCAUCGUGCGACCAAAUGUCAUCAUCCUCAAGCCAUCUACCACAACCACAACAUCGUCGUGCCACGUUGAGUGCGGAGCCAGAGCCAAGAGAACGAUCCAAGACCACGACUUCUAGUCCAACGACGAAGCGAACCGAAAGUUUGAAGGUCGUGAUCCCAGGCUCAAGCCACUCGCUAGGCCACGAAAAAUCGGCUAGCCAAACCUCGAUCUUCUACCAUGCCGCACCACCUCACGCUAGUCCAGACCGACAAAGCCAGUCCAGUUUGAGCAGUUUCGAGCCAAACUCACCACAGCCUCCAAGACUGGCUGGACGUUCCGGCACGAUUAACGCUAUGGAUAGGGGUGGAUUAUCAAACAUCCCAGACCGAGGAGGACUAGAAAAAACCGCUCUGGACCGACCAAUCCUACCUGACCGAGCCAGCUUCUCCGGUGUAUCAGACCGACCAUCAACCUCAACUCAACCCACCACCGACCGAUACAACACAAACGACAAAUUUUCUACCACACCCUCCACCUCGGCCCAAAACCCACCUCCCUACCAAUCCGGCCAAAUCGUGGGCAAACCGGUAGUGAUAAGAAAAGGCGCCAAGGGCUUCGGCUUCACAAUUCGAUCAGUCCGAGUAUACCUCAGUGCUGAUUCCGACUACUACACGAUCGAGCAUAUUGUAGCCGCCGUCAGAGAGGGAUCACCGGCCGAUGAAGCCGGCCUAAAAGAAAAUGACCUAAUAACUCAUGUUCACACUCAACCAGUCCAUAACAUGACUCACCCUCAGCUUAUGCAUAGACUUUUGUCCGGAGCACCAGAGAUCACGCUCCAUGUGGUACCGCUGAACUCAACCUCGAUCAAAGAAGGCGAAGCCAGACGAAGUGUGGGAAAAUUGUUGAGGAAGAAGCCCAGAAGACCACAGAGAAGGGUACCAUUGGAAAAGAAGACCAGAAAGACGUCGGCUUUGUUCAGGUAAGAGGGGUUUUGUCAUGGAUAAUAUAAUUUUUAGAAGUUUGAAAAAAAAAGCAAAAUUAAAAUUUUUAAAAUCCGUUCAAAAACAUCAUUUCUAUACCUAUUUUCUUUCAGAAGACUCAGUGGCAAACGAGGAAACGGCGAAAUCGUCCCAGGCGCAUCCACCCAAAAGCAAUCGUUCAUGCCAAGAUCCGCCUCAAGUCAAGACGGCGUGGCCCUAAGCCUCAGCCCAGCUCCAAUGUCCCACCUUCUCAACGAAAAACGCCUAGAAGAACAGGAAACAACCGUCAACGUCCCCCAUCUCAAGCCCCAAUCCCAACAUCGACGAUCCUCAGGCCACCAACUUCUUCACCCUCAAGGCGCUCCUUCGACUUCAGAAUCCACGAGACGGAAACACACCACAGGUAGUAUCGAUAUCAGAGAGCCUCACGGCAGCACAACCGUACCAUUACCACCACAUCUGCAAGGUCCGCGGCCAGGAAUGAUCAAGGCACGAACGAUUCAGGAGCCAUUAAGCACUGUGGUAAGCAUGGUGGAUAUAAAUUGAGGUUUUGAUGGGGAAAUGGGGAAGAAUAACUUGUAUAUGAAUAUAUAUGGUCAAAAAGUCUAUGGAGAAGCCAAUGGAAGAUGAAUUUUGUAUUUAAAAGUGCAUUUAUUAACUUUUCGACCGAUUUUUUAACUAAAACGGUCAAAGAUCAUGAACAAUAUAGUUUUAAUCAUAACUAGUUUUUCAAAAUAGAUAUAAACUUGCAAUUUUGUGCCAUAACGGACCAUAGUAGUGGUCAACUGCAGAAAAAAUUAUUUUUUGAAAUUUUAAAAAUUGUCGAAGUUACAGUACUUUUACCGUACCUAUAUAUUUUUUGAAAAAAUUAAGCUUUUAUGCAAAUUUCUAUUAAAAUUAAAAAAAUUUAACGACAACCUAAUAAAGUAACAUCUUUUCCAGCCCUCAAUGCCAUCCACUCCAUCUCCAGCACCACCACCCACCAUCACCAGCCCCUUGACCACAGAGCCCUCAACCUCAAUAUCGCCGAAACCGUCGACAAUCCGAAGGCCAUCGACUCUAAUCGAACGAAAACCAAGCUCAAACUCACAGAAUCCGGACGAACAGCCCCGGCCAAGACCCACGGAUCUGCGAAAGUCAAGUGUUCCGGUCGCAGAGCCACGAAAAGUGUCCACGAUGAGCACGAUCAGCCAACCAACGGCCAGCACCGACGAGAAAAAAGCCUCAAAGACGGAAAAUGUGGAGGAACGGCCGAAACGGGAAAGCAUCAAACGGUAAGAGAAGGUCUUGGAGAUUGUUUUGAGAUCACGUUUGAGAAGAUUUAGAGAGCUAUCGGGUCAGGGGAUAUCAAAUUAUGUUGUGAUAAGCAAGAAAUUAUUUUGUGGUAGGGAAAAGCUAUGAAAAGAAAUCUUUUUUAGCCUGAGGCUUAAAAUUACAUCAGAAUUUAACUCACUUUUUCAAUUUGAAAUUUAAAAAAAAUUCAAAAAACCAGCCGGAACCACAUUACCCAUAACCCUGAACCCCCUUCUUAACCCAUAAAUUUUCAGACCGCCCGUACCAACGCGAAAGCUCUCGCCAUCACGCCUAGUCCAGCGCCUGUUCCGCGCCGCCUCAUCGGCUUCGUCAUCAUCGACCCAGUUGCCGAGCCAGAAAUCGACCGACGAGUCGAAAUGA